GGCGAGAGCCUUGCAGGGAGAUUUCGAUGAAUUGUUGAUGGGAGGAACCACACUUCUUACACCCAACGCCAUGUUCGACCUUUUGCUGGGAUCCUGUCAUCUCUAACUCCAGGGUUGAGCCUGAAGAUGUUAGCGUCUCAUCAAGCCUCCGGCCUCGCUUUCUCCAAAGGUACACACAGGCCGCUUUUUCUUGAAGCUCCAGGCAAAUGGGCGAAGCUCAAUUGCGCCGGGAAACAAAAUUCCAGGAGGCCGGCUCUAUCAACUAGCAAAGAUCUUUCGGAAACAACCGAGACGAAAACUGUGGGUCUAGUAGUUGGCACCGAUGUGGCUAGAACAUUUCCAGAGAGCUCCUCAUCAUGGAGAAUGACUGAACAGCACUUGGUAUUUCUCGGCAUCAUGGCAUCCGUGAUAAUGGCCGCUCUCUGCGGCAUUAUCUUAGCCGCCAUACCAACGCUACUGGCAAUCAAGAAAGCAGCUGAAGCCAUGGAAAAACUUGCAAAAACGACUCGCGAAGAGCUUCCGGGAACUAUGGCUGCCGUGAGACUGUCGGGCAUGGAGAUUAGCGAUCUCACCAUGGAACUCAGCGACCUCGGGCAAGAAAUAACAGCCGGUGUAAGACGAUCGACACAAGCAGUCCGAGCAGCCGAAGAUGGACUACGACGAGCAAGCAGCUUAGCAUCCGCAGCGAUGUGGCAGGCACAAACGCGAGCGGCAGUGCCAGUCCAAACCGUGGUCCAGCCAUUGGUAGCCGAGAGAGCAAGGAACGUGAGACAGAUGAUCGCUCGAGCGAGGAUGAUCGUGAAGAAUCUGGUAACUCUGGGCCAAAUGUCUAGUUGGCUGGGAAGACACACCAGGAAGCACUGAAAGAACAAGCCCAAGUUCUUCCUUCUUUGAAAGGACCGUGAAGAAAAAGAAGAGAUGGGAAGUUCUUCCUUGUUUUGACUCGAUCGAGAAGAAAAAAAAGAGAUGGAAAGUUCUUCCAAAGGAUAUGGGAAGCUCUUCCUUGUUUUGAAAGGAUUGAGAAGAAGAGAUGGGAAGCUUACAGGAU